AUGGACUGGGACUUCCUCAUCGGGGCGCCGAUGCCCCCUCAAAGCCAAUUACUACAUGGAUGUUUUCUUGAGGCCGACAGGGCAGAUCGAGUUGCUCAGGGACUUGAUGCACUCCGAGUGGCCCUGGCCCAUUCGCUUCACGGGUCCAUGAUCCUGAUCAUCGAAGAGAUCUGGCAGUCCGGGCGCAUACUCCGCGAGCUCGCAGACCGCGGCCACGUGCACGUGUCGAGGGUGCCGAUCGUCGCGAACCACCUCAACGUCGUCCUCCCCUGCCUCUCCAAGUCGCUCAGGGACAUCGCCGGCUACUACGACGACAAGACGGUCACGCGCGAGCUGCGGUGGCGCACGAUGUUCCACGAGAUGAAGAAGGAGGCCGACAUGGAGCUCCUGCAGAGGUUCCAGCUGUACAACGCCUUCCUCUCGCUGCUCGUCGUCCUGCUCGCCAGGGAGAGGGCCCAGGACCGCGUCCAGCUCGACCUCCUCCGCGCCCGCAUCAUGGCCCUGCGCGAGCGCCAGGGCCUCCCCGCCCCGACGCAGUCGCCCGCCCAGGAGCUGGCAGUCGUGCCGCUGGCGCGCGAGAAGCCUCACUGGGCCGAGGCCGUCUUCGCCGCCCUGCCCAGCUCGCACACCGACAUGCGCGAGCCGCUGCGCUCCCAGGCCCGGGGCCCGUUCGUCCCCGCCGGCGGCGGUGGCGGCCCCAGGCUGCCCGACGCCACGAAGUUGCUGGUUCGGCGGUCCUUUGACGGCGACCGUCUAAGCGUGAUGGCGAUGAUCAUCCUCAACGCGGCCAACGGUGGGCCGUACUUCGUCCUCCGUGUCCUCAGGCUCAAGAGAUGGAGCCAUUCGAUCCAGGGUCCUAAGCUCUGGGCCGUGCUGAGCUUCGUCACCUGGGAAGAACUGGUCCUCUUCCACUGCACGUUCAUCGCCCUGAAGGCGCGGAAUAAUCUGACCGUUAGCAUGGAUCCGCGGGAAUACAAGUUUCCCAACGAGAAGCGCCUGUUCCAAGCGCAAAUCGUCGACGACGACUACCAGCACUCCCUGAUAGUCUACGAGGACACCAGGACGCAGGGGAUGCGCCUCCACGCCGCAGUGUGGGACGGCGAGCUGCGGGCGUGCCCGGUGUGGACUGCCUUUGUAACCCACCAAUCCGCCUCGAGCCGCUGGCUCACCCGCAAGAGCAAGCACUGCGUGUGGAUCAACGAGAUCAAGCUGUACGUCUUCUGCGACAAGUACAAGGAGGCCAACAUGCGCCGCAACAAGGUCGGCGCCUUCGAGAUCCGUUUCGUCAGCGACGAAGCCGCCGGGCGGUUCAAGGAGGUCUUCUACCCAGCACCUGCCUCCGAGCCUCCGGGCGACGGCGACUGA